AUGCCAACAAGCAGAUUAGGUAUCCCCAAUACCAGUGUGAUCAAUGCCAGUCAGAAAAACUCAAAUAUGCCCAAUCCCAGCUCCCUUGAUGGUUUCAAAGCCACUGCUGCUUCCCCUUCCUCCAAUCCUUUUCUAGCCAGCACUGAGCAGAACAAAAUCUUGCCUCCUUAA